GCGGAUCUCCCGUCCUUCAGUGACACCCUUAAUAAGACCGCAAAUCUCUCCACCUUUAAAAACGUCCUCGAGAACUCGUAUCCCGAGCUGCUUGCCCUCCUCGAAAAGCAGCCUUCCUCGUCCCCCAUUACCAUCCUCGCGCCCAACAACGAUGCCUUCGCAAAGACGAUAUAUUACCCAGUCGUCGGCCCUGCUUUCGACCACAAUGAUGUGGUCGCCAUCCAGAACAUCCUCGACUACCACGUUAUUCCAGGCUCCAUAGGUUCCGAUGACCUGAAGCCAACCUUCCAGUACUUCCCGACCUGGCUCAACAAUGCUACUAUGAGCAAUGUGACCGCAGGGCAGCGCCUUGGCGGCGUGAUGCAGAAUGAGAAAGAGAUGAUUUGGGUCUCGGGACAAUCGUCGCGUUCGCCUGCCGUUGAGACCGAUAUUAAGUUCGCCGGCGGUCUCAUCCAUAUCAUCAGCUCCCUCGUCACCCCCCCAACCCGCUUCCCGGACACCGCUGAGCUCUUCUCCACUGCCGCAGAGCCGUUCCAGCUCACGUCGUUCCUGGGGGCGACCUACUACUCACCGAACAAGAGCGUCACGGCCGUUGCCGCUCUACUCAACGAAACCUCCGAUCUGACCAUUUUUGCGCCGAACAACGCGGCCCUAAAUACCAUCAACAACGCUAUUUCGAACUUAGCUAAGGAUCCAACGGCCCUGUCAACGCUCCUGAAAUACCACAUUGUCGCCUCGCCCCUCGGUCCCUGGUACAGCACCAACUUCACCGACGGCAACAGCACCACUCUGACCACCCUCGCCGGCGAAUCCCUCACCAUUUCUUUCUCCUCAAAUUCGCUCUUCGUCAACUCCGCCCGCAUUCUCACACAGGAUCUACUUAUUGCAAAUGGCGUCAUGCACGUUAUCGAUGCUGUCUUGGAUCCCCAAGAGGCG